AUGGACCAAUACAUGGCUCUUUCAAAAAAGGAUCUGGUUAUUAACAUAACACUGAAUGAAAUUUACAAUACACAUGCUUUACUUGUACAACACCAAGAAGAGCUGGCUGCUUCAGAAAAAAGUCACUUACGAAUACUUUUGGAAGAAGUAGGUCCGGCUCCACCUCAGGUUUCUAGAAAAGAAAAUAAGACAGUAGAACUUCCUCUUUUCAGUCGAUGGGAAACUCCUAUACAAGACAUUGCCACAGCUCUUUUGUAUGAUAAUAGUGUAACACAAAAUGAUAUUUUAUAUAUGGAAACUAAAUCUAUAUUUGUGCAAAUUAUUCGUUCCAUCCCAAAAAUGACUGAACAGCGAUCAAUAAAUCUUCUUCAGAUUGCGGAGACAGCGGCAACUAGCAAGGAUGCUACAUUGGUUCGUAAAGGUAUCAAAGUAAAAGAAAUGCUUCGUGAGCUUGAAGAUGCCUCUGUCAUAGAUCCUAAAGAUGGGUACCGACUAAUGACAGAAGAAGUCACCCAAGAAUUAGCACAUCUUGGCAAUUUACGUGAAAAAGUCACAAACGAGAUUCAAUCACUUGAAUCUGUAUAUAAGACUAUAUGUGAUCAUAAUAAUUAUCUUCGAAGUCAGCUAGAUAGUUAUAAAGCUUAUCUACAGAAUGUUAGACAGCAAACAGUAAAAGAUAGUGCUGGUGGAUUUGGAUCAAGCAUUAUUAAAGUAGGAGAUAAAGAAAAGAAACCUACAAAACACAAAGCUUUGGGACCAUAUAAAUUCACGCAUACUCAAUUAGAGAAAGAUGGAAUCAUUGUGGAAAGCAAUGUUCCAGAAAAUCGACGGCAGAAUAUUUUCUUCAUUAUCACUUCACCAAUGCCGGGUACAUUCAUUAUCGCACUUCAUUACAAAGGGCGUGACGCUGCCAUUCUAGAAAUGGAUCUCAAGUUAGACGAUCUACUAGAAAAGCAACAAGAUAAUGUUGUGUCUUUGGACCUUGAAUAUGUACAGCUUAACGUGAACAAAAUACUAUAUUUGCUCAACAAGACAUUUGCAAAGCGAAAGAC